AUGGCUCGCAAUCGCCCCCUUCCACUCGCAGACGAGUGGGAAACCCCCGACACUUACAUCCAAGCACUCCUCCGCUUCGCAACGACCAAUGUCCUAUUCAUGAACCUGUGCGGUGGCGUGCACAUCCUCGAUUUCCUGACCCGCGAGCCCGAUCUAUACACGACGCUGCUUCCAGAGGACUGGAGGGCGUUCUUCGAGCACCAUGAUAUCCAUGAUAUCUUGCGCCUGCUUCUGCGGGAAGACAUCGAGCAAUUGCGCUCUGGCGCCGCCGACGGAGACACCAACGAAGGUGUCCGCAUGUGGAACGGCGGCGCAUUCCCUCCACAGAGCCUCUUGGAUUACAUCCACAACGUUCGCCAAUUCAGCCUCCGAAGAGAAUUCAAAUCGUCAACUCCGAAUAAAACCAAGCUGCCGAGACAUGUUGCCGUGGGCAUGAAGACGAAGAAAAAGCACGAGGUCGAAUACUUCUCCCGCUAUGUCGCCUCACUAUCUGACACCGUGGGCGAGCGUCGCGGGGAGCCGGUGUCCCAUAUUGUGGAUUUCGGAUCUGGACAGAACUAUCUUGGGCGGACGCUGGCCAGCUCACCCUAUCACAAACAUAUCAUUGCCAUUGAGCGGAAGCACCAAUAUAUCGCCGGUGCCAAGGACAUGGACAUUUCUGCCAAGUUGGCACCGAAAGAGAAGCCCAAGACGGUCUACGUGCAUAGUCGCAAGAAGUCUUGUGGUGACUGCAAUGGCACAUCGGAAGGGGCAGCAGCAGAGAGUACAGACGCCCCACGGUCAGAAACCGCGAGGACCCAGACUCCCGCGGAUGUGUCCGUUAAUAAAGAGACUGCGGACGACCAGGAGAAUGUGACGGUGUUCAAAAUGCUGGGUGAGAUCAGCCUUGAGCCCGAUGAGCUGCUCGGCAACAUGUCCAAAGGGGGACAGAAAUCGAAAACUGAGCAUGAGGUCGAUACCCGGGGAACUAUCAGCUAUAUCGAACACAACAUUCAAGACGGAUAUCUGGAACCUAUUAUCGACCACGUUGUCAAUCCGUCGCCCGCAGCAACACCAAAUGGAAACGCAACUGAAGAAACUGUUUCUGUAACCGUCGAACCAGACGAAGAGCAGCCAAGCGACGCUCGGGUAAUGGUUGUUUCCCUCCAUUCCUGCGGCAACCUCGUCCACCACGGCGUUCGCUCGCUAAUACUCAACCCAUCCGUCGUCGCCGUCGCCAUGAUAGGCUGCUGUUAUAACCUCAUGACCGAGCGCCUCGGCCCCGCAACGUACAAACUCCCCGUUCUCCGAUCCCUCCACCCCCGCCUCCAAGCCACCGGAACGGCGUAUGAUCCUCACGGUUUCCCAAUGUCCAAGCUCUUCGAGACGUACGAGAGUCCCGGCGCAACCGGCAUGAAGUUCAACAUCACCGCCCGCAUGAUGGCCGUGCAGGCGCCGUACAACUGGGGCUACGAAGACAGCGAGAGCUUCUUUUCGCGCCAUUACUUCCGGGCUCUUAUCCAGCGGAUUUUUGUGGACCGUGGCGUCGUGCCGAAGCCAGGUAUCCCUGAGGACCUCUACCGCAAGGAAUCAUACGAAUCCGCCGAGGGUUCGGAAUCAACGACGGCUGUAAUCAUUGGGUCGCUUGGCAAACAUGCCUUCAAGUCCUUCAAUGCAUAUGUGCGUGCGGCGACAACCAGACUCCUGCGACACCCGGUCCAUGGCCCGAAGAUCCAAGAGCGCAUUGCCAGUUUGACGGACGAGGAGAUCCACCGCUACGAGACCGAGUAUUUCCCCACGAGGAAAAACCUUAGCAUAGUGUGGAGCUUGAUGGCGUUUAGUGCACAAGUUGUGGAGGCGGUCAUCGUCGUGGACCGGUGGCAGUUCCUGCGGGAGCACGACUCAGUCAAAGAGUGCUGGGUCGAGCCUGUGUUUGAGUAUAGCGAGAGCCCGCGGAAUUUGGCUGUCAUUGGUCUUAAGAAGUGA